GCGGGCAGCGAAGUGCCGUAACAGGCAGCUGCUAACGGCCAUGCAUCGCUUAUGUAACCUGCUGCUUCAAGCGGGCAGGCUCGGAAGGCCAAAGCUUCCAGAGGUAAUCCGUCCGAGCUGUUUGUUGGCCCAAGCGCCUUCCAGCUUUGUAUUGAGCGGACCCGAGCUGCUAGUGUAGCAACAACAGAAGCACGAACUAACCUUAUUGGCUCGCCGCACGCUUCCCCUAACCGACAAACUUCACCCCGUGAACAACGAUCCAUACCGACAUCCGCCUUCACAUUUCCGCAGUCGGUUCUCGUCAUGCCAGCCACAACCGCAGAGACGCUGUCCUUGGUGACGCGCAACGUCUCAGUUGCCCCACUGGUCCUCCUCUCGGUCGUCGACCACUACAACCGCACAGAAGCCUACAAGAGCAAAACGAAGCGGGUUGUGGGCGUACUAUUAGGGCAGAACGAUGGCAAGAACGUCCGCGUCUCGAACAGCUUCGCAGUUCCGUUUGAGGAGGAUGACAAGGAUCCAUCGGUGUGGUUCCUGGACCACAACUACGUUGAAUCGAUGAACGACAUGUUCAAGAAGGUCAAUGCGCGCGAGAAGUUAAUAGGCUGGUACCACUCGGGCCCCAAGCUGCGGGCAUCGGACCUCGAGAUCAACGAGCUCUUCAAGCGCUACACGCCCAACCCCUUGCUGGUUAUCAUUGACGUGCAACCGAAGGAGGCGGGUGUUCCGACGGAUGCGUACUUCGCUGUGGAGGAGAUUAAGGACGAUGGAACCACCACAUCAAAGACCUUCGUCCACACACCGUCGACCAUCGAGGCCGAGGAAGCCGAAGAGAUUGGCGUCGAGCAUCUUUUGCGCGACAUCCGCGAUGUAGCGGUCGGCACUCUGUCUACUCGCGUCACCAAUCAACUCCAAUCCUUGCAAGGCCUCCAUCUCCGCCUGCGAGACAUCGCAGCAUACCUGCAGAAGGUCCUUGAAGGGCAACUCCCGGUCAACCAUGCCAUCCUCGGCAAUCUCCAAGAUGUAUUCAAUCUGCUACCGAACCUCUCGACGCCCAAGUCCGGCGCUGGCGCGAAUGGUGCCAAGGCCGACACCGAGCUCAACUACGCAAUGAGUGUCAAGACCAACGAUCAGCUCAUGGCCAUCUACCUCAGCAGUCUCAUCCGUGCGAUCACCGCUUUCCACGAUCUGAUUGAGAACAAAAUUCAGAACCGGCAACAACAGGAAGAAAAGGAGGCGGCGAAGAAGGAGGGUGAGAAUGGGGUCAAGGAGGGCGAGAAGAAGGAAGGCAGCCCGGCGGUCAACGGUGAUACCAAAGAAAGUGCCGGGGAGAAGGAAAAGGAAGGGCCCAAGGAGAAGAAGAAAUAGGCUAGAGGCGGUUGACACCCGAGGGCAUGGAAAAUGGCUGUAUGCAGUUUUCGCAGGUUGCUCGAGACAAUCUCCGGGCGUGUUAUACAACGGCAUCCAUUGUUCGGGAUGACUGCACUGG